AGAGCUAUAAAAUAAAAUAAAUUUACUACUUAAUAUAGAUUGCUUACUAUGGCCACGCCAGUAGAGCAGAUCCUGCGCAACGCCAGAGCUAAGCCACUAACGAACGAGGAGGUCAACAACGUUAUAGUACCUGUCUCUCAAUAUCUCUUCGAAAAUGGCAGAGAAAACGACCAGAAUCAGCCAAACUGGUUCAGUGAUAAGUACGAUGGCGAUGGUACACUCACAGAAGCGACGGCAUUUCUGAUACGCUUGUUUGCUUAUUCACCCCCGAAAGAAGAACUCCUUAUCUACAAGAAACAUCUGACAUUCCAGCUCUUCAGCAAUCCAAAGACUGUCUACGACUGGCAACUCUGUAAAUUGCAAGCUAGACACGUAUACCUUCGUAACUUCAAGGCGGAUAAACUCAACAAAUUCUUCGCGCUCGUACAUCAAUGGGAAGUCGAAGCAUACAGUGAACAUCUCAAGGCUGCAAUGUCACCCCUAAUCACACUCGAUAAUCUGGAUCAAUCGUUAUACCACAUCAGCAUGUUGAAUCCUGAUAUCUUCUUCAGAAAGGAGGUUAUGAGCGUCGUGAUCCAGAAGCUAGAAGGAUCAUCUGGCUUUGUUGAAUACCUUCCACCACCACCAACUAUACUCGCAUUAACUGCAUCAGUAGAUGAUACUGUCAAUAAGUGGGCAAACAGAAUGAUUGAUGACUACGAAUGGAGACCAGUAACGAAGGAGAAUGCGAAAAUGUACCUUAUACUCAUUGAGAACAUCCUUCAGCGCAUCGUCGAUAGAGAAAAUGGCAAUCUGGAAUCAGAUGAUGAAUGGCCGUUUAAAGAAGACACGACAGCACUCUGGACGACUUUGGGAAAAACUCUAUCUGUCAUGGAGCCAAGCGCAAUCGAAGUUAUUAGUAGAUCAUCUCCAAAUUUAUUAAGAGAUGUACAAAGACAUCUUUGCGAUGCAAAAACCAAGAACUAUAUACCACUCCUGAGGUGUUUUGUAGCUUUGAUUUCAGUUAGACAGGGAUACUGGUCUGAAGACUCUCAUAAGGCUUCACAGAUGAAUAAAUCUGACGAACAUUCAGUCUUGUUGUUGCGGCUUAUGAAUUCAAUUCUGGAUAAUCCAUUUUAUAAGCCUCUCAUGAAGGUGCCCAUUAAGUUUCACAAAAAUGAUGAUGAGGAAUGGCCUUUAAAUUGGUGGUCCAAUUUGAUCAAGAAUGUUGAAAAUGUUCACGAAUUACACGACUCAGCUUUGAAGAGUUUGUCCAGAAGAGGUUUCGAGUCGACUAAAGAUGGCGAUGUUAAUAUAAAGUACAAGUACUACAACAAUAUUAUCUCGAUAUUCGAGAAAUGCUUUGUUGAUUACGAGAAUAAUGAGAGAAAACUGCAAUUAUUGUUCGAUGUUUUGAGGAUUUAUAACACCAAUCUCCUUGAAACUGCACUCACAGCUCAGAUGGGUGACCCGACAAAAGAUCAAUCUAUAUACGCUGCUCGACGUCUUUUGCAAUUAUGUAUGAAGAAGGAUUGUAUUCGUAUUAUUAGGGGUUUGAAUGACUUCAUGAGUAAAUUCGCAUCUUGGAAAGACUAUGAGAGACAAGUCAAGAGGAAAAAAUCAGCAAAAGAACCUGAUGUAACUCUAGAUACGAAGAAGAUUAUUAUCGCUUCUGAUAUUUGGGAAUCAAUAUAUAAAGUUAUAGGAGUCACGAAUAACAUUGAUGAUAUUUUUGCUUGGAGUUUGCUCUUAUCGAAUAUAUCUUUAAUUAGUCAUCUGCGUCCACUAGACGAAAAGACGUAUGACGAGUCAGCCGUACCAACUCAUAUGAAAAGCACUAUGGCUACAUUCAAAACAUCAUUCAAUAAUGCGAUAAACACAAUACAAUCACCAUUUCAAAGAACUGUCGAUGAUUAUCUGCAUGAAUCUGCAUCUUCAAAUCGUUUGCAAGCGUUGAGCAACCUCGUCGAAAGUACGGGUGUGCCAUCAGCUUUAAUACAGCUAUUUUUAUCACCCAAUGAUGAGAUAAACGUUUCUAUCAUCAAUUUACUGAAGACAGUCUCCGAUGAAGAUAGUAGAAAUGAUGCAAUUCAGUGGUUAUUAGAUAAAUAUCCUCAACAAUUUUUGGAAGGUAUCACAGCACAGUGUAAAAAUUUCAAAUACGUCGCAGAUAGACAUUUAGAAGCUACGACGCUCGCUCAUAGAAUAUCAAGUCAAAAUGAGGAAUUUCUACCAAUGAUUACGUCACCAUCUAAUCACUUCCUUGUUACAUAUGCUAGGAAUCCUGGAAUUAAACAAGCUUUAUUAGUCUAUUGGGUAGAGUUAUGUCAAUUCAUCUCAACUAUCCUCACAUCAGCUACGAAAUGGCACAAAUACUUUGACAAUAGCUUUAUGGUUAAGUGGAUGCGUGACUCUAUUAGUCUUGCUGGUGUACUUCUAGAUUCUGAAAAGGAUUUAGAGCGUCAUAUCACUUCGACUCCUAGCAAAAUGCUGGAUCCUCUGAACAAAAUUCUCAUUCAAUCUGUUGGAUGGCUCAAGGCAACGGAUAUGACGGUCUUGGAGUUUACUUUCAGGUUUAUUGAUUCGACAUUAACUGCAUUCAAACAAUCGGGUUGUUUGCCAGCCCCUCAAGCGUUAGACAAACUCAGUGAUUACUCCCGUCAAGCAAGUCAAGGUUCAGUUAAGAAGUUAUCGCAUCUUUCACUCAGCAAACUUAAGCAACAUCUUGCUACAUUCAAUGACGAGAGUGACGAUGAUGAUGUACAAAUUAUAGAAAAAAAGCCAGGUCUUGCUAAAUUGAAUAGGGUUUUGACAAGUGAAAAGAAACCAAGUCCAGCUCAAUUUUUGGAAGCGAAGAAGAAGGAUGACGAAGCUAAAGAGAAAUUGAAACAGAUGGCAUUAAACAAGCAUUCUUUAGUUAAAAAAACCACCGGUAAGCCCCUUCUCACUGGUCUUACUGCAAAGAAAGAUCAAGCUCGCAAGCCGUAUGUUGCACCUCAAAAGCUUACUUACGGUGGUAACAAGAAGGAGGAGUCGGAGUCUUCUGAAGAAGAGGUCGAUCGUGGCGGUUUGAAAGAUAUGGAUUUAGAUCCAGAGCAAGCGAAAUUAAAAAUGCAAGCUGUCAAAGACAAGAGAAGUGGUGUGCGAGCUUUAGAUCCUCUGGUUGGCUCUUCAACUAAAUCAGUAGUUUCUAAAGCUGAUAAGCAACGUGACGAAUCUUUCUUGCGUCGUCAGAGACUUGAUCCUGAUAUUGGAGAUUUGCAAAAGUACUUGCUUAAUGUCGACUACAAUGAUCCAAAGAUGCGCAUUGGUUCUGAAGCUCCGAUAGAACGUAUACCAUCCGACUUUAAAGAUUACAAGCACUACUAUGAUAUAAUGAGACCUCUAUUAUUUGAUGAAACAUCUGAGCAGCUCAAGCAAGCAAGAGCGGCUGCUCAAGAAGAAGAGAAUGUUACAGUUGUGGUUGCUGGAAAAACAUUUGUGAAUGAUUAUGCUGAAAUUGUACUUAAUGUCAAAUGUGAAGCACCGUAUCAAUUCUCGUUGAGCGACAGUGAAUUAAUCACGUUGACAAAAAUUGAUUCAAUUACGCCAGGUGGCCAGAGGAUUGGAUCUUUAACUCAGGAUCACCCUUCUAAGGACCUCAUUGCUAAAGUACAGAAUUUCAGACGGAGGGGACAAGACAUUAUUGUAACUGUGUGGUUACCAACGCUCAGAUCAUCAGUAUUUCAAGACAAACAACAUUGGAAGUUGUCGAAAUUCUACUCUCUUAACACAUUAUAUAGAGAAUUCGGUGCAUUGAAGGGUCUUCAACAUUAUGGGUCCAUUUUGAGUAAAAUCUUAAAACCUGAAGUAAAACCAAAGCAGAAUUUAGAUAGUAUUUUGGUAAAAAAUACGAUGAGGACACUUGAAUUGAAUGAAUCUCAAGCAUUGGCUGUUUUGAGUUCAUUAAUUGGCCCUGCUGAUGGUGCAUUUAGCUUGAUUCAAGGACCACCAGGUACAGGUAAAUCCAAGACGAUUUUAGCUUUGGUUGCUAAAUUCUUGAGUAUGAGAGCAAAGCCUUUGGUUGGUAGAACGAAUCCAAAUGCGGCUGAAAAUUAUGUUCCUCCGAAGAUUCUUAUUUGUGCACCUUCUAAUGCAGCUAUUGAUGAAGUUGUGAACAGAUUGAAGGUUCCGAUACGAGGUACAGAUGGUCAAAUUAUGGAAGUAAACGUUAUUAGAAUUGGUGCGGAUUCUUCUAUGUCCAUUUCAGCAAAGGAAAGAUCAUUGGAGGAAUUGGUAGACCAACGCGUUAACCAGGACCAAUCAGAUCAAGGAUCCGGCACGGAGAGCUCGAUGCAGGUGAACGAAUUUAGAGACCAGUUGACUGCUUGCAGAAACAAGAUAAAUGAGAUUAGGAAUGAGAUAAAUAGGAAACAACAGAAGAAAGAAACGGUUACGCCAGCAGAAACCGAAGAAUUGAGGAAAUUGAGUGAUAAGAGAAAUGAAAUAUCGACGAAGUUGGAUAAAGCAAGAGAUAAUCAGAAGUCAACAGCUAAAGCUAGAGACGCAUCUAGACGUACGCAUCGUAGAGCUGUUAUGAUGGAAGCUGAUGUAGUCUGUUCGACGUUAUCUGGUGCUGGUAAGGGAGACUUAGCUGAGCUCCCAGUUGAGUUCGAGACCGUUAUUAUUGAUGAGGCUGCCCAAGCAGUUGAAGUGUCCGCGUUGAUUCCAUUCAAAUAUGGUUGUAAAAGACCUAUCCUCAUAGGAGAUCAACAUCAAUUACCACCAACUGUAAUGUCUACUGAAGCUAGCAAGAAAGGGUACUCGAGGUCGUUGUUUGUCAGACUCAUGGAAUCGAACCAGGGUAGAGUUCAUUUACUUAACGAGCAAUACCGUAUGCAUCCAGAUAUUUCGAAGCUUCCUUCAGCAGUUUUUUAUAAUGGACAUUUGAAGGACGGCCCAAUGAUGGCUGAGAAGACUAAAGCACCAUGGCACAGCAAUGAUCUAUUUGGCACGUACAAGUUCUUUGAUUUUGCAGGUGGUGAAAGACGUGUAGAUCAUUCAUAUCAAAAUCCUGAUGAAGCUUCGGUUGUAAUCUCUCUCUACGAGAGGUUGAGAAAGCAGUAUGGUGGAGAGUUUUCAUUAGAUUACAGAGUAGCAAUUAUCGCAACUUAUAAGCAGCAAGUUCGGUACAUACGAAAUGAACUCAAAAAGAGGUUUUGGAAUGUAGAUAAAGAUAUCCUUUCUAAAGUUGAUGUCAACACUGUUGACGGUUUCCAAGGUCAAGAGAAGACGAUCAUUAUCUUGUCGACUGUUAGGUCCACCAAAUUUGAAGACGAUGGUAUUUACAAGGAACGAGGUGGUGGCCCAAUUGGUUUCUUAAAGGAUAUUAGACGUAUGAACGUCGCUUUGACGCGUGCACAAUCUUCUUUGUUUAUCGUUGGUCAUGCUGAUAAACUUAAAUAUGAUCAGACAUGGCAACAUAUCGUCGACGAUGCUGAGCAAAGAGACUUAUUGCAGAAAAUAAACAGAAAUCACUUCAGUCAGCCAUCUAAUUUCGUCGCUACGAAACUAAAGCAUCCAACGAGUCAAGAGAAAGAUGCACAGAAUAAGAAGAAGAACAAAACCAAAGAAAGAGAGCAACCUCCAAUACCGGACAACCUUGUACCGACUGGAAACUCACCUGUCAAGCGUAAAGCCGAGCCGGAAAGUGGAGCUAGUCUGGCGAAGAAAAUGAAAGCUGCUGAAGAUGGUCGUAAUGGAGUUACUACUAAAGUUGUAGAAAAUGAUGUAGUUGAAGAAAUCGUAAGUGAUAUACCAGGUAUAGGAAGAACGCCAUCAACACAACCACUUAAUGCUCCUUCAAUCGAGUCAAACUCCAUGGACAUUUCUUCAUCGAAUGUCUCAUCCAAUCUGCCAGGAGGACCAAACGUAAUGCAGAAUAAUAAUAAGUCCGCUGAACAACAGAAGCAGGCUAUACAAGAGGGUUAUAAUAAGAGAAAGCAAGAAGCUAAGAAGAAUUCAAUGUUUAUGAAAAAAAAGCCGAGAAAGUAGAAACGGCUACAAUUUAGCAUCAAUUAGAGCAUAAUGAUAAAUUAAUUAUUUUUCACGGUCUACAUAUUCACAUACAUUUUGCAUAUUUAUUCAUGAAUAAUGUUAAGUCUAUCGAAAUACAAAAAUCACAGGCGCGCUUCUGGUCUUUUCUCGCGUACGAGACCUUGUUGGGCUGUU